AUCAUCUGUGUAGUUGUUUUAGAGAUGAGUGAGCUUAGGGGUUGUUUGGAAGGAAGGAAAGUGAAGGAAAAUAAUUAAAGAUGGCGAUGGUCAUGGAGAACGUGAAGAACGAAGCUGUGAUAGUAGGAGGAUUGGUGGGGGUGCAGUUGUUUUUCGCGGCGAACUCAGUGUUGCUCGGAUAUCUAAUGACGCUUGGCCUUAAGCCUUUCACCAUUGUAUUUUCUUCUCCUUUGCAACCUUCAUUUCUCUCUUUCCUUUUGCUCUUUAUUUUGAAAGGUUCUUUUUCCCUUUUUUUCUGGAGCAAAUGGCCUAAACAAUUGACUUUGAAGUUGAUGAUUCGACUACUGCUGAUCUCCUUUGCAGGGGUAAGUCUAUUCCAGUUACUAUUCUUGAAGGGGGUAAAUCUAGCAUCACCUGCAUUGGCAACAGCCAUGCCAAACCUUGCUCCAGGCCUUAUCUUCAUCAUUGCUUGGACUUGCAGGUUAGAGAAAGUUGAUCUAAGUUGCUUAUACAGUAAAGUGAAGAUUGCAGGCACAAUCCUGUGUGUCUUAGGUGGUCUUACAAUGAGCCUAAUGCAGAGCACUGUGUCACCAAAUGAUGCAACAUUCAUGCCUUCCCAAACUAAUGAUCCUCAUCGUCAUACCGUUUUCGACCGAGAUAAGAUCGUCGGUUGCUCGUACCUCGUUGCAGCUGUCUUGGUUCUAUCAAUCAAUGUUGUCUUGCUAGUAUAUAUGAUUAUAUUCGUUCUUCAAAACCAUCAAUGGUACUGUUUUCCUUUUGUUUUGCAGGCAACAACAUUGGUCGAUUUGCCUGCGCCGACGUCCCUGCGUGCGAUAACCUCUCUAAUCGGAAUGAUCGUGACAGCGGUGCUUCAGUUGGUUCAAGACCAUUCUUUGCAAUGGAGUUCGCCCCUUGUUAGUGUCAAGGACCUGAUUUCCUUUUCUCUACUUGGAGGUGCAAUGGGCAGAGCAUGUUUAAGCUUCAAUGGAUGGGAAAUUAAGAAGAGGGGACCAGUUCUUGUCUCAAUGUUCAGCCCCAUUGGAACAGUCAUUGCAGUCCUCUCUGUUAUUACUUUGGGGGGAACAAUUUCAUUAGGAAGUAUUGCAGGAAUGUUCCUGAUGUUCACUGGUCUAUACGUGGUGUUAUGGGCUAAAAAAAGAGAACAUUACUGUAAUAUCGAAGAGGCUGUUGAUCCGGAGAAACUGUUGUUGAAAUAAUUUUAUUCUCCUUUAGUGAUCUGAGUUCGAGCAG